AACAAUGUUCUUCAAAGAAACCAAACAUAUGUAUGCGUUUAUGCUGGUGCUGGGACUCUUGGGGAGCAUGGUCAGUGGUUAUAUGCUUGAAGCUCCCGUUGUGCAAAUAGAUAUGGACAGAGUCGGCAUGCACAGGACGUUAUCAUAUCGGAUAAGGUUUGACUAUUCACUAGUGGGCUUGGAUUGCGAAUAUGUGCUGUUGCAGUCACUGCCUGCAUCGGUUUACAUAAGCACAGACGAACUGGAUGACUUGAGGCGCCUCAAGAGGUUAAAUGCCAUUUACCCAAAGUUUGUAAAUAUCGAAUUGGCCGCCGAACGUGCCGACACUGUUUCCAUUCUGUUGCGUGGAGCUCCAAAGAUAAUGGAAACCCUUGGGCUGCCCGUGCAUUUUCGCUACCACUCCCCCAGCGAUAAGCGAUCCGUUGCCACAGUGACCAUACCCCUGCCGGAGCUCUAUUUCAACUGCCCGAUCGCUGAUAUGGAACUCAUUGACAGCGAUCUGGUGGCCAGGCCCGAUAAGCACUACUGCCUCAAUGUGCCGGAGAGCCGGUUCGAUGAAAACAUCGUCAAGGACGGCGUGCCGACUACAAAGGCCAAUCUGGAGCGCUGCAACUGGCGGCGAUUGCAUGUGGAUUGCCGUGUCAAGACGUCGCUGCGUACCGAGAUACCAGUGGGCAAUGCCAGAGCCUACGGACCUGUGUUGGGAUUUACAAUUCUGCUCGGUUGGUCGAUGGCCCUGUGGAUCAUCAUCCGCUCCCUGGCCAAUACGAGACGCAUAAACCAGCGUCUCAAUGAGCAGCGGUUGCUGCAGCAAAAGGUCAACUAACAGGCGACGAAGACUGUGCGAUUCCAAGUCAACAAUGGAUAACCAAAGGAAACAUUCCGUAUAUGUAUGAUGGGCUGUAAAUAUUUAUUUAUUUGUAAGCAUGCCGAGCACAAAAGCAUGCAGACAGUGAUAAGAAAGAUCACAUAUUGACAUAUUCAAGAUGAGCUAAUCAUUUAAUCACCUUAGAAACGUGCCACACAUCGUAAAGUCUAAUUAGCGUUUAUCGCACAACUCAGUCAUAAAGGGCCUUCCCUAGCAUAAGAUUAAACAUAAACCGAUGUAUUAGAUACUAGAGCUAAAGCAUAUCCAAAUAUAACUGAUACAAUAACUUAUAAUCUAAAAUUAACAACAAA